CACUUUCCGUAGACAGUGCUCAUUCGUCAAUCAUGGCGUUUUGAAAACUUUCGACGCGUCGGAAGUUCCUGAACUGAAAUGCCUUCACCAAAAGGCUACAGGUCCGAAUCUUUCCAAUUAGCGACAGAAAAUGCCACUCUCGUAACUUAACGACGAUCGUUGUUAUGCACGCUAACGUCAACCCGGCGAAAGAUGGUAACUUCAGCUAGGCUAGCCACUUUUGCCAAGUUAGCAACGUAGCUAACCUUUGGCUCUCUCGCGACGUCCAUGUCCUUAAGUAAAGCGAAACGCCCUAUUGAAAUACUAACGCGCCUGUUUUGAGCGUGAAUAGAUAUAUAUUCAUAAUGUGGCGUUUUCUGCGGUACUGCGUCAGCCACUGGCUGCAAGCGGCGAUGACCCGACUCGACGUUCAAGGGGAGGGGAGCGUGUGGUCUUCGGUCCGCUGCCUGGGCUACAUGUCCGGCCUCAACCUGCUGGUGGCGCUGUGCCUAGGCCUCUUCGUCCGCUGGGAGGAGACGGCCGACUCCACGCUGCUGGUCAUCUUCAUCUUGGCUCUGCUCGUCCUGCCGCUGGCUGGCGGCUUGUACUGCUACUUGGGCACGGAGCGGCUCAGCCUCAGCCUCCUGCAUCUUUGGUUCGGCUUCCUUCUGGGUCUCCUGUGCUUCGUCAACAGUCCUGAGCUGGAAGGCAACAGCAAGGAGCAGGUGGCCAACGGUCUGCUGCUGUCCAGCGUGUCCCUGAGGACUCUUUGGGCUCUGCUGGAGAGGAUGCUGGGCUACGCCAGGCACCGGCCCGCCUUCCUCACCUCGGCCGAGCGGCUUCAGCUGACGGGCUUCGCCGCCGCCAGUACGGCGCUGCUCCUCCACAAAGCCCUGAGCGUCACGGUGCUGGCCGUGGCCCUCUCCGCUGUGGUGGUUGCCCUCAGAAUGAAAGCGAUUCUGGCGUUGACCAACCUGGCGUGCUUUGUCGCCAUCGGCGGCGACUUCUUCCUGGCGAGCCUCGGAGUCCGGACCAACGCGUUUGCCCUGGGAUGCUUCUUCGGGCUGCUGGUGUGCGAGCCGCUGCUCGACGUCUACUUCAGCGGCCUCUCGGUGACCGAGCGUUGGCAGCCCUUCCUGCACCGGAGGGGCUUGUGGCGCCGCCUCACCCUGCUGCCUUUGCUGCUUCUGGAGGUCACCUUCGUUGUUCUGGCAGCACAGGUGCUGGGUCGCCUGGACCGCUGGUACCUAACCAUCCCGGCGUUGGCAGCAUGCACGCUUUUCUGGGCCGUCUGCCACUUGGUGUUCUUCAUCAGCCUGUGGGGCUUUCACAGCAAGCUCAGCGACUGCCAAAGAGUUUGCCUGAGCCAGGCUUGCGGGGGCAGCGGGCUGGAUAAGAUCAUGGCCUCCAAGGGCAUGAGGCACUUUUGCCUCAUCUGUGAGCGCCUGCUGCGCUUCACGCUGGUGUCCACCGUCGCCCUCGCCGCUCUCUCCUGGCAGGCGUCCAGCAGCAUCUUCUUGAGCACCUUCCUGCUGGUUCUCCCUCUGGAGUCCGUCUUUCACGGCCUGUUCCACGAGCUGGGUGGCAGCCUGGGAGGAACGUGUGUGGGCUACGCCAUGGUCAUACCCACCAACUACUGCAGCCCCGACGGGCAGCCUGUGCUGCUGCCCCCCGACCAGGUGCAGCACCUCAACCUGCGCUCCACGGCCAUGCUGAGCAAUAUCCAGCGUUUCUUGGCCCAGCACCUCAUCGAGACGUUCGGCUGCGACUACUCCACCGGCGGCAUCACGCUGGAGGCGCUGCAGGCCAAGCUCAAGUCCUUCAUGGAUCUGCGCACAGCCGACGGGCCGCGCCACGACACCUACCUGCUUUUCUACAGCGGGCACACGCAUCGCAGCGGGGAGUGGGCGUUGGCAGGCGGGGACACGCUCAGUCUGGACCAGCUGUUGGACUGGUGGAGGGAGAAGAACGGCACCUUCCCCUCCCGCCUCAUCCUGGUGCUGGACUGCGACCACUCGUCGGCCAUGGUGAAGGCAGCGCGGCGGGUGGAGGGCGUGCACGUGGCCGUGCAGGGCGCCACGCCGUCUCGGCCCGCCGAACUGCAGCGGGGGGACUUCCUGUCGCACUGGGUGGCGUACAACUGCGACGGGGACGGUGGCGUCCCGUGGUCGCGGCGGGGUGGGGCGCCGCCGGCCGUCUACGGCGUGUCCCGCCGCUGGGGCGACUACGUGUUGCACCUGCCCACCGGCGACGACCUCACUGACCACUGGAGGGCCUACUUUCCCCGGGUCACCUACCCGCUGGUCCGCCUGGCCUUGUGGUGCGGCGGGCUCAGCCUGCUGUGGCCCUGCAGCGCCUGCCUCAGGUGCCUUAAGAGGGUCAAGCUCAACUGGUUUCCUCCCGCCAUUCUGGACACCGGACAAGGCUUCAAACUGGUCCGAUCUUAGACAGGGAAACCGCCUACAGCCUUUUUGUUACAUCGGCAGCUUUUCUUCUUACCAACCGGCAUCCAUUUUGUUACUGACCACAAAAUAUAACAGGGGCCUACCUACUUCUUCUUGCCCAGUCAACCAAGAUUCGCUCCAAUUCAAAGUCAAGCAAUGUAGAAAAUUGUGCGAGUUGGAGGCUUGAUGCUAGUUUGCACUCGUUUUUUUGUUGUUUUUUUUGUACGUGUUUACAGUGUUUAGCAAAUGUAUUGGACCAGAAAACACCAUCCGGCAUCUUGAAGCGCUUGAACUUUAAUUUGCUGCCGUCAUCAAGGCAUAAUAAUGUGUUUUGCUAUUUAUUUUUCCUUCUUUUGAAAAGGAAUAACUAUAUUUUAGCAUUAAAAAUAUGAUUGGUGUUCAAAAGCAAACAAAAAUCUCACCAGUUACAGGUGCUGUGUGGCCUCAAGCUUGCAUAGGCGGGUCCAAUACAUCUGUCAAACAUUAAUUUUGCUCAUAUUUGUCAAAUACAAA